CACCGAUCCACAGAAAGAGACGAAGAUGUCGGUUCGGUCAUGUGAUCAGCUGUGUCCAAUCACAGCUGAUCACAUGUACACUGAUCAUCAGGGCACCGAUGAUCACUGUACCCUGAUGAUCAGUAUAGCCACAGCAGUGCCACCUGUCAGUGUCCAUCAGUGCCUUGUGUCAGUGCUCAUCAGUGCCACGUGCCAGUGCCCAUCAGUGCCACAUCAAUGCCACAUAUCAGUGCCUACCAGUGCACAUCAAUGCCACAUAUCAGUGCCCAUAUGAGCUGCCUUUCAGUGUCACCCAUCAGUGCCAGUCAGUGCCACCUAUCAAUGCCAAUCAGUGCCACUUAUCAGUGCUGCCAAUCA